CUACUUUUUUUAAUUUGAACAGCUCAAAACACUGCUUUAUAUGUGCAGUGACGUUUCAUUGUAUUCUUUUUUCAGUUUCAUUCAUUCGCAUAUUUUGCAUUUUAUUUCUCCGAACAGCGGAUUUUAAGUCGUUGUUAAUUAGAAUGGAAUAAAAAGAAAGUAAAACAGUAUAAGAAAAUAGCAAUUAAAUUGACUUGUUAAACAUAUUUUACGAUAUUUCAUACAACGCUUAUCGGUGUUAUUCAUUUGAAUUAUUUGUACUAUUUUGGGUGUGUAAGAAUUAUCGCAGUCCUUCUUCGUUCGGCAUUUAGGUGUGAAUUGUGUGAAUCAUUUUGCGAUAAAUUGGGUGCAAGCUCUAACGUAUCGAUUAAAUAAACAAAAGAAUACUAAACAGAAUCCCAUUAUUAACGAAUUGGCAUACAGAAAUCGGAAUACAUUAGCAUGGCUGCGGAAAUUAAACCAGCACAACGUAAUAGCAACGACCGUUUCAGUACCACAAAAAAACCGGAAUUGUUAAGCAAGUUAGAAGGAAGCAGUGAUGACGUGAAUGCGGCUGUACUAAUUCCUGGCGAAAAUGGUGUCAUAAGUGUUUCAGAUGACAAAACAAUCCGUGUGUGGUUAAAACGCGAUUCUGGUCAAUAUUGGCCAAGUAUUUGUCAAUAUAUGCCAUCAGGUUGUACAUCCGUGGAUUAUGUACCCAACGCGCGGCAAAUAUAUGUAGGGCAAGAAAAUGGCACAGUAACUCAAUAUGCGCUUUCAGAGGACUGUAAUCGUUUAUCCUUUAUAAAAGAUUAUUUAGCACAUCAAGCACGUGUAGUUGCAGUUGUCUUUUCUACAGCACACAGCUGGAUAUUGUCUUGCAGUAAGGACAAACUUUUUGCUUAUCAUUGUACAGACACUGGAAAACGAAUUGGAAGUUAUAAUUUUGAAACACCUUGCACUGCAUUACAAUUUGAUGCACUGGCUAAAUACGCAUUCGUUGGUGACUAUGCUGGACAAAUUGCGAUGUUGCGUUGUGAUUUACAAGGAGUACAAAUAAUAACAACAUUUAAGGGUCAUACCGCCAGCAUACGUUGUCUUAAGUGGGUUGAAGGACCACAACUACUCUUUAGUGGUUCAUGCGAUCAGUCUGUUAUUGUUUGGGAUGUUGGUGGUAAACGUGGCACGAUUUACGAAUUGCAGGGGCAUAAUAAUAAGGUUUCAUCAUUAGUUUAUGCAAAUCAUACACAGCAAUUAAUUAGCUGUGGCGAAGACUCUGUCGUUGUAUUUUGGGAAAUGAAUGCAAUGCGUAAGGAAGUACCCGGUUGGAUUGAAACUAAUAAUUGUCAACUGUGUUCACGUCCAUUUUUUUGGAAUUUUCGUUCAAUGAUGGAUCAACGGCAAAUUGGCAUAAGACAACAUCAUUGUCGUCAUUGUGGAAAGGCUGUUUGUGACAAUUGUUCAACAAAUAAAAUCAAUAUACCAAUAAUGGGCUUUGAGUUCGAUGUACGCUGUUGUGACCCAUGUUAUAAACAAUUGCAAACAGUUGAGAGACCAUCAUUAGCUUCAUUUCAUGAUGCAAAGCAUUCAAUCAUUUAUAUGGAUCUCGAUGAAGAACAUAAACGGUUUUUAACUGUUGGUCAAGAUCGUGUUGUAAAAGUAUGGGAUCUCUCUACAAUGUGGGCCUAAUAUAUGCCAAAUUCAAAAUCCUCUCCUACAUCAUUGUGUUAUACAAAAGCAACUUUACUUUCACAUAAUCAAUUCAUUGACGAACUUUCAACUUUUAAAUAGGAUGAAUCGAAAAUAGGAUGAACUGUUCUGUUGCAAUAAAAAUAAGAAACGUCAAACUUUAAAUAUCAAAUUUAGAAAACAUAAUUGUCUUACAUCAAAUAAUAAUUAUUAGAUCGGUAAAAGACAAGACACAAUCAGGUUUUGUUUAUUAUUUGCAACAAACGUAAACAAAA